AUGAAAGUAUUAUCAUGUUUAAUACAUGUUUCCAAAAUAUGUAAUAUAAUUGUAAUAGUAACAUUUUUAUAUUGUUCUUUUUUAUAUAUGUUUGAUAAUGUAUUAAACAAUUUAGAAUAUAAUGUUAUACAUAAAAAAUCUAUAGAAUCUAGUAAGACAGAGUUUUUGGCUGUUUUUAACAAAAAAUAUUCAAUUUUAUCUAUAAAUAAGAAACUUUCCUUAUUCUAUUAUUCAAAAAAAACUAGUAAUUUGUUUAGGAGUUUUAUUAUUGAACGUUUUUUUUUAUUUUGCAAAAAUGUUCAUGUAAAAUUUAAAAGACUUAUUAAUAAUAUUGGUAGUACUUAUAAAAAAGCAAAAAAUUGUAUAUAUUUAUAUCUUAAAAAAAAAAAAAAAAAUUUUUUUAUUAAUUAUGAUAAUUAUUUUGCUUUUGGUAAUGAAAUAAAUGAAUAUUCUUAUGUAUUUCAUAAAAAUUAUUAUCAAUUAAAACCCAAAUUAACUAAAAGGAAAAAAAAAGAAAAGAUAAGUAAAUGCAUAAAUAAUAAAAUUAAUACAAAAAAUGGUAAUAAAAAGAGUUUGAAAAGUAACAAUAAUCUACACUAUGAAAUUGAAAAUACUUUAAUAAGUAAAAAAGAAAAUGAUUUAUAUUUGAAAAACGAAAAGAAAUAUAAUAUAGUAGGUAAAAGGCUAAAUAAAAAAGAAAAAUCUAAUGAAGAAAAUAAUAAAUCAAUUUUAAAAGGAAAUAUAGGUAAUUAUAGUAUACAAAGAUAUGAUAUUAUAAAUCCUAAAUAUUAUCUUAUAAAAAAAAUAAAAAACAUUUUUAAAAAAACAAAGAGAAAUAGUUUGGAAGAAUUAGAUGUUAUUUAUAUGCCAGAUAUUAUUGAAAAAAAAGCAAAAACAUCCAAAUGUAAAAUGUGUAUGGUUAAUAUAGAAAAAUCCAUAUAUGCAUUAAAAAUAAGAAAUGAAAAUACUGAUGAUAUAAAUAAAUCAUUAGAUAAGAAAAAAUAUAGUGAUAUACAAGUUUAUUAUGAUUAUGAAGAUAUAUAUUACAUAGAUAAAUAUGAAAAAGAAAGAAUAAAAAAAGAGAUAAUAAAUAUGAAAUAUUUAUUUUAUAUAUCUUUAUUACAAAAUAAGUAUAAAAUGAUAAAUUUUACAAAGCGUUUAUUAUUAUCAAACCCAAAUAAAGAUAAAGAAAAAUACCUAGAAAUUGACAGAUAUAAACAUAAAAGAAUAAAUUAUACAAUAAAAGAAAAAUUAGGACAAGGAGCAUAUGGUGAGAUAUGGUAUGCAAUUAGCAUAAAUGAAAAAUAUCUUUUUAAGGAUGUAGUAUUAAAAAAAAUUCUUAUAAAUAAUGAUGAAGAAACAUCUCAAUUGAAUGCUAUGAGAGAAGUUUAUUUUGGAGAAAUUUUAAAAAAUUGUGAUAACAUAAGUCGAUUUAUUGAAUAUUUUGAAGAAUAUGAAACUAAUGAUGGAGAAAAUUAUUACAGAUAUUUUUGGUUAGUAUUUGCAAAUGAGGGUUAUUCAUUAUCUAAACAUAUUUUUGAAACAGAUACGAACAAUUCAGGAAUGCUUAUACCAAGUUCACUAUGGUGGAGUAUAAAAAAAGAAAAUAUAGGUAUGUUAGUAUUAAAGGAUUUAAUUUAUCAAAUAUUAAAUGGUAUAAAUAUAGCUCAUAAAAAAAAUAUUACACAUAGAGAUAUCAAAAUGGAAAAUAUCUUUGUAUCUUCAAAAACUCCUUUUACUGUUCGGAUUGGUGAUUGGGGUAGUGCAGUCGAGUUUUCUAACCCUCAAUUUUUGUUUAUACCAUCAGAAAAUGAAGAAACUGAUGGAUAUCAACCACCAGAAUCCUUAUUUGGACAUAUGAAAAAUAAUUUUAUGCGAUUACCAUAUUAUGAUAUUUGGGGUAUUGGGAUUGUGUUUUUGCAGUUUGUAUUAGGCACAAAAAAUCCAUUAGAAGUGAAAAAUAAAAGAAAUGAAAUUAAACUUAAAAAAUUAUUUUCUAAAUAUCCUAUUAAUGCUUUAAAAGAGGCUAUAUUUUUGCAAAGUUUAUCAGAAUUAUGCUUAACACCAUGGUCAAAAUCUUCAGAACAUUUAAUAUUAACUCAUAAAAAACAAUUAUAUUCUUUUAUAUAUAGUAAUAAUAUUAUUAUUAAUAAAUUAAAAUAUCACAUAUCUAACACUCUAAUUAAUAUAAAAAAUCAAUCUUUUAAUAUUGUUUAUAAUAUAAUUUCUCAAAGAUAUAAUUCUUUAAUUUCAAUACCUACCUCUCCACUUUGUUCAGAUUGGAGAUGUUUAAAUAAAUAUAAUUCAAAUAUUUCUUUUAAAAAAGAAUACCAUCCAGUUGAUAUAAUUUAUAAAAAUAUGAGUCACAUUUUUAAUGAGAGUAAAAAUAAUUUUUUUAAUAAUAAUACUUGUAAUGAUGAGCAGUUUCAAAAAAUUUUACAAGAAAGGGAUCCCUCAGGAAUCGGAUUGCCAAAUAAAAAUGCAAGAAAUUUAUUAAGACAACUGUUGCAAUUUGAUUAUACAAAUCGUAUAACCGCUCAAGAAGCUUUGAAUCAUCCGUGGUUUUUAGAAAAUUAA